AUGGCAGUGGCUCUGGAUGCAAUCCUCGCUCGGAUCAAGGAUGUUUGUAAAAGAAACGGUUUGCUGAUCCUCUCGGUGUUGUCAGUCACCAUUGGCUGUCUGCUCGGAUUCUUCCUGAGGACGCGGCGGCUCUCCCAGCAGGAAAUUAGUUAUUUCCAGUUUCCUGGUGAGUUACUGAUGAGGAUGCUGAAAAUGUUGAUUCUUCCACUGGUUGUCUCAAGCUUAAUGUCUGGGCUAGCAGCCCUGGAUGCCAAGACUUCCAGUCGAUUAGGUAUCAUAACUGUCACUUACUACCUGUGGACAACAUUUGUGGCUGUGGUUGUGGGAAUAAUUAUGGUCUCCAUUAUCCAUCCCGGUGGAGCAGCACAGAAGGAGAGCACCGAAGAGGGUGGAAAGCCCAUCAUGAGCUCUGCAGAUGCACUGCUUGACUUAAUCAGGAACAUGUUUCCAGCCAAUCUUGUCGAGGCCACAUUCAAGCAGUAUCGCACCAAGAGCAUUCCCAUCAUUAAAUCCAACAAAGCAUCAUCUGACAGCACAACUCGUCGCAUUAUAAUAUACGGAGUCCAGGAUGAGAAUGGAUCCAAUGUCCAGAAUUUUGCCUUGGAUAUCACUCCCCCUCCUGAAGUGAUUUACAAGUCAGAACCAGGCACUAGUGAUGGCAUGAAUGUGCUAGGGAUUGUGAUAUUCUCUGCCACAAUGGGUAUAAUGUUGGGAAGAAUGGGGAACAGUGGUGUUCCUUUGGUCAGCUUUUGCCAGUGUUUAAAUGAAUCUGUCAUGAAGAUAGUGGCAGUUGCUGUUUGGUAUUUUCCAUUUGGAAUUGUGUUCCUAAUUGCUGGUAAAAUCUUAGAAAUGGAUGACCCUUCAGCUAUUGGGAAGAAACUGGGUUUCUAUGCCAUUACAGUGGUUUGUGGCCUGGUAGUGCAUGGGCUUUUUAUUCUGCCAAUGAUGUACUUCUUCAUCACCAAGAAGAAUCCCAUCGUCUUCAUCAGAGGAAUUCUUCAAGCCUUGCUCAUUGCUCUGGCCACAUCCUCCAGCUCAGCCACACUGCCUAUCACUUUCAAGUGCUUGUUGGAGAAUAACCAUGUGGACAGGAGGAUUGCCAGGUUUGUGCUGCCUGUGGGAGCCACCAUCAACAUGGAUGGGACGGCGCUCUACGAGGCGGUGGCUGCCAUCUUCAUUGCACAAGUAAACAACUAUGAGCUGGACUUUGGGCAGAUUAUUACUAUAAGUAUCACAGCAACAGCUGCCAGCAUAGGUGCUGCAGGUAUCCCACAAGCUGGCCUGGUGACAAUGGUCAUUGUUCUGACCUCGGUUGGGCUCCCGACAGAUGACAUCACGUUGAUUAUUGCUGUCGACUGGGCACUAGACAGGUUUAGAACAAUGAUCAAUGUCCUGGGAGACGCACUGGCUGCUGGGAUCAUGGCCCAUGUUUGCCGGAAGGAGUUCAUCAAGGAUGGUGAUGAGGUGCCAUUGAUCUGUGAAACUAAGCCUAUUAACAUCCAUCAGAUUGUGGCUUACCAGAGGAAUGGCUGUGUGAAGACCAUGAAUGAAUCUUGUGGACCAGAAACACUGAAAGGGUUUCAGCAGCACAUACCUGUGCAAGUGGAGCAAGAAGAAAGUCCAGUGGAGAAUCACACUAAGAAAUCCAACAGUAAAGACCACUGCACUAUAGAAAUAAAUGAACUAGAAACAAAUGUGUAACUGCUGCACUCAGUGGUGUCUCAUACCCCACUGACCUGAUACAGAAUCUCUA